CACUUCACCGGUGAGAGCUUUAUCAUCACUGCCUGAGAAUAAAAAACCGGAGUGACUCCUUCGUGCAGUGCGACAACAGCACUUUCCCGCGUCUUCCCUCCCUCGCUUCCGGGUCGGAACAACCAGCGCAGCGGCAACAGACUUCACUUCAGUCCGAGAAAAGUGAUCGGGCUUCGGCCUCAGGAGCAUCUCUGAGGCGGGGCGACGCGGAAGUCCAGGUGUUGUGGAGGUAUGGACUGUAACUGCGUCAGUGACCUGCUGAUCCCCCCGGUGCCCGCUCUUUGGACGCCAGGGAUCGCCUUUCCGGACUGGGCUUACAAGCCGGAGUCGAGCCCCGGGUCCCGACAGAUCCAGCUGUGGCACUUCAUCCUGGAGCUGCUGCAGAAGGAGGAGUACAAUGGGAUAAUCGCCUGGCAGGGGGAAUACGGAGAGUUCGUCAUUAAGGAUCCCGAUGAAGUGGCCCGGCUGUGGGGGGCCAGGAAGUGUAAACCCCACAUGAACUAUGACAAGCUGAGCAGGGCUCUGAGGUAUUACUACAACAAGCGCAUUUUGCACAAAACCAAAGGGAAGCGCUUCACCUACAAAUUCAACUUCAGUAAGGUCGUGUUGGUCAACUACCCCAUCCUGGACAUGGCCAACUCUCCCUUCUUUCUGGCACAGAACCACUUCAACGGGAGCACCAGCACUCCAGACUGCAGCCCAGAGGCCAUACAGUCCCUGUUUCCUCGUCUGCCAGACUCGGGCAGGGGGACGUCCCUGUUUGAUCGGACCACCGCAGCACCGGGGCCCGAAGGAGACAAGCUGAGGCUGGAUUCAUUCCCCUUCCUCAGUACAGGUGCUCCGUGCUACACCAAGCCCCCGUCCCUGCUGGGCCCCUAUGCUCGCAACCCACCCUUCGACUACCCCUGGGGCUUCAACCCUUACCUCCCAGGGGCCUUCUCCCUCAACAACUGCCCCAAACUGCCCCCUGGCUCCCUCUACCCCUCCCAGUUUUACCCCAACCCUUUGCAGAGCAGCCUCUCCCAGCUGCCUCACCCUUUCUCCUCCCUGCUCCCCACGGCAGAGGCAGGUGAGAGGGGGACAACCGGGGGGACGAACGGCACGGCGGGUGGUCAGCCGAUCAGACUCUGCCUCCCUCCGUACCCCGGGAGCCUGUCUCUGGGUCGCAUGGACAUUGGGGCGUCGUUGUUGGCGGAGAGGGAGAGGGAGAGGGAAAGGGAGAGGGAGAGGGCGGAGGCCAAUCCUCCGGGCACAGGGGGCGUGAGUCUGGGCCUGGGAGCCGGCCUGCAGAGCCCCUCGGAGAGGAGAGGGGGGCUGAAGCAGGACCCCGAGUCAGACUCAGACCUGGAGAUCACUGACCUGAGCGACUGCAGCUCGGACAACGACAACGACUUCAGGAAGGGACCCAGCCUGGCGAGCCGAUCACAGAUAGUGCUGGACGGGAAGAAAGGGAGCGUGCUGCCACCCGUCUCCUCUCUCCCCCCCACAGUCUCCCCGCAUCCUCUGAAGAGCCUGAAGCCCGUCUCCCCCCGGCCCCCCUCCCGUCCUCUGUCGCUCUCCCCCCCCCUGCCUCCGCAUGAAAAACACAGGGAGACAGAGACUCUCAAAAUGAUCCACAGCUAAUACUUCUUCUUCUUCUUCUUCUCCCGCCAUCUUGCCAGUUUGUGCUCUGAUAACUCUCUUUUUCUCUCCUUUCUUUUUUCAGAGACACUUUUCUGCUUUAAAUUGUCAACCCCCCGCUCCCCACCCCCCACCCCCCACCCCAAUCACUCUGGAUAGAUACUUUCUCAGUUGUGUUAUUCACUUCUGAAAUGACUGUUUCCCUGUUUGCUGUGUAUGUUUUUAAGUCCAUUACACCACUGCCUCGUCCAUCUCAGAGUAUAUGGAGCGUGCAGUUUUUAGGGUAUCAGCUGUCUGUAUCCCCCUCUAGUCCUUUCUGUUUUGAUCUCUCACACCAAAUGACCGCCCUGUUCUUUGUAGACUUGCUUUACGCGUUGCUUGCAGUACUCAACAAUUUGCAGGCGAGCUAUGAUAGGAGGCAGUGAGGUGGUAAAUUACAGCACAGCAGCACCUGCCUUGACAAACAUUAACAAACAACAUCCCUAACAGAACAGAACAACAAAUAAUGCUCAGAUCGAUCCAAUUCUACAGAUUUAUCCUAUAAUUCUUGAGAUUUGGAAUACAUGUGAUCACUUUGAGACAUGGUCAAAUACUGCCACCUAGUGCUCAUUUCCAUCAAUGUCUCCAAAAUCAUUUACCCCGUAACCCUGUGAGUAAAAAUGCCCCUACAUUUAUUUUGCACUUACUUUUUAUGAUAUAUCGUUUCCUGCGGGUUAAUUUAAAUGUUAAGAUCCAUAUUUCUUAUAGUGUUAACUGUGAUAGUCUGUGAUUAUUUAUUUUGUCCUGUGGUUCAAGUAUUUCCUGCACAUUUUUCUAAAAAAAAAGGAAAGAAAAAGAGAGCAUUUAGGGGGAGCUGGACCAACCUAGAAAUUUGUAUGAAUAUUUCACUGUAUAUAUUUUAUUAUGGUGUACAUUACAUUUAAUUAUGAUUCACUAUGAUAAGAUUUAGCUGUAUUGUUGUGAUUUAAUUCAGUAUUUAAACAUGUUGGAAAAAUUAUAAGCUUAGGUGUAUCAAAGUUUAAAUUAUUAACGGCAGAAGAUCUGCGCUCUGAAGAUGUUUUUCUAUGAUGAGGACAGAGAUCACACUGGGAAUGGUCUCUCAUUUUCUCGACCCAAAUUAAUUGUGCCCUUUGGUCAUUUGUGCCCAGCGUACGAACCCUUUGGGUGCAAACACAUGCCGGUAGACUUAUUUUUAUAGUUAGCAUUCACCCAGUGUAACUGUACUGUAAUUAGUCAAAAGUGAAUAAUAUUGGUUUUCUUUUUUUUAAAUCCUCCCCCGAAAAUCUGUUUUGAUUAUUUUUCAAUCAGUGCUUUUUGUCAAUGCCAGCAAUUGGUUUAGCUCGAAGACAUAUGAAAAAUAAAAAAUACUGUUUAUGUUUGCAGAUCUAAUGACCAACAUGCUUCCUCCGGCCCCGUUUCUCCACACAGAGCAAACGCUAAACCAUAUUGUACAGCAGCUUCAGAGCCUGUAUGGUUUGUCAAACGGUUAGUUGUGAAAGCUCUAUUGUAAAGUCAAUGUAAAGCUCUAUGUUUGUUGAGUUGCUACAGGAACAAGGCCUCCAGUCCCAGGACACUGACUAACAGCUGUAAAUACGGUUUCCUUUGUGUGUGUAUGUGUGUGUACACAUCCACAAAUGACAAUGCAGUGGUUUCACCUGUCACCUCUCUUUGUUUUACUGUAAAGAGGAACAAUGGAAAGUGCAAAAAAGAAGAAAAAGAUUAAUAUCUUCAAAAGCAAUAAACAUUAUUCUGAAUAGUGA